AUGGAGCACAUAGUCAAUCAACCAUCAAGCAGUUUUGCCUUUCUUCUUCUGCUUAUUGGACAAACUGGUUCUGGAGUGAGCAGUUCUGGAAACACAAUCCUGGGUGAAAAUGUGUUUCAAUCUAAAAAAAGCCCAACCUCCAUCACUGAAAGAUGUGAAGAUCAAACACGUACAGUUUCAAAUAGAAAAGUUACAGUAAUUGACACUCCAAACUUCUUCAAUACAAAAGGCGUUGAUUUGACUGGAGAAUUAAAGACAAUAUUAAAAAAAUUCCCUUCAGGAUUCCACAUGCUCAUUCUAGUUCUCCGUAUAGAUAGCCAGCAAUAUGUAGAAACCGUGCUAUUGUUCAAGCAGAUGUUUGGCGAGAGUGCAAUGAAACACACAUUAGUCCUGUUCACACAUGGAGAGGAGCUUCAAGAUAAAUCUCUUGGUGAGCUGAUCAGAGAAAACCCAGAGCUGUCCAAACUAAUAGAGGAGUGUGAGGGGAGAUUUCACCUGCUAAACAACACAGAUAUGAACAAUAAAGAUCAGGUCACCAAACUCCUGGCAAUGAUCAAACAAAAGGUAUCUAAAAAUGAGGACUGCUACAGUUUACAGAUGUUUGAGGCUCAGUUGCGCAAAUUAUUUUGGCAGAGACUGAUGAAACUAAAAUUUCUGUAUGCUUUAAGUUUUUUUGUGUUAGCAGUGGAUUGUGCUAGCAUGAAGAAUGAAGGUUCUUUUUAUAAAACAUUAGGGUAUGGUUGUUUUUUGAAUGUCUUGGAAGCAGCAUUAGGUGGUAUGUCAGGAUACAUUUUGGCAAAAAUAUGGAAAAAACAAAGCUGGAAGAUUGUGAGUAAUUUAAGAAAGCUUGUGAAAAAUGUUAAACCAGUGGCAAUCACUUGUGGUUGUGCUGCUGGGAUAAUUAGUCGGUAUUGUGUGGGUCCAACAGGGUUGUUUGCUCCACUCUUGAGUGGACUACAGGGAGGUAUUGUGGCUUACACAGUUGCCAAAAACUAUUCCAGAUGGUUUCAUUUGAAAAAUGAAUAA